CUCCCCGCGACCCCGUAUGGGACAAGCGGUUCAGAAAGUGUGUGUGUUUAUUAAUGGUUUGAGGACAUGCAUAGUUUCGCUUUGUUUGAUUCCUGUUACCCACUUUAUGAAUGUAAAUUAGUAUGUAUUUACUAUGUAUUUUGUAAUAUAUUACCUUGUUUUGCAAUUAGCUUCAUGCACUGUGAGCUCCUGUGGGACACACAAGAGGACACCCAAUGAAAUCUCUGAGUAUUGUCUUCACCAUUUCCGCUUGUUAAAUAAAAAUUUGUUUCCCUCAUAAACCUCAGCUGAUCCCUCUUUCAACAGAACUGUUCACUUGCAAAAGCAGCUGAGCACAGAUAUCUAAGUAGAUGAAUGUGCAACGACAUUUCCCAAACACGCCAAAUUUCACAACUUAUUUCUCGAAAAUAACGUGAUAUUUACAAACUUUUGAUCUGUGUUUGGAAACUCACAGCACUCUUUUUUUUUUUUUUUUUUUUUCGCUUGUUUACAGUGGAGCAGUUGAGCAAUUGUGUAAGCAAUUCUGACUGAGUCAAAUCAUCUAACUCUAAAUAUAAAAAUGGCAAAUUUGUUUUGAUUUGUUUUUAUGGUAUGCAUGGAUGAUCAGUGCCACAACUCAAAAAAAAUUUUUAAUAUUUAUAAAAACAGCAAUAGUCAAGAAUGGUUUUUUGAACACUUGAACCAAAACAUGCUUCCUACUAAGACACGUAUUUACACUUUCCGUUAUUCCCAAGAAGAUGUUUCAUGGGCUUUUUAUAAGCAUGAGCGGAUGAAACAUUUUAAUUAGGCCUAUCAGUAAAACAAAUUAAUUUGCUGUCUUGGAUCAUAGGACAUACGAUGACGUCUCAUAGUAGAGUAAACGUGAGCUAGAGGAAGGGAGGAAUGCUCUUCGGAGCAGCAACGUUGGGGAAUUCAGGAAAAUCAACUGGAGGAUGUCCUAACAUGGUGAACUCCCUUUCUUCUCAUUCCUCGUUUCACAUUCAUACCUCUUCACUUGUUCGGUUUCCCCGAAGAGAAAUGACUCACCUCCUCCAAUCUUUCCAGUCUCAAGUGUCCCUGUCCCUCUCCCUCAGUGCCCCUCCAAUUCUAUAUAAGCCUCUUCGUUGUUGAGCGGUCGAUAACUGUGGGUCAGUCCAGUCCAGCUCAUUCUAUGGUCUCAUGUUAUUCAUUCAUCUGGACAUUUAUGUUUUUUUUUUUCUUCUUAUAUAGUAAAACCUUCACUUUCUGGUUUUUAAUCUACUUGACUUCUUCAACAGUUCACUGCCUUUGGUUUCUCCCUUUUCUUCUGUUACACUUUUGUUUUUUGUUUGGGACUUCAUUCCUAGAAUUUCCGACUCCUUCAGAUGUUCAAAUGUCGACCCCUUUUCUCUUCUUCGCGUUCCUGCUCCUUUUCUUCCCUCUAUCGCUCUCAUUUUAUCUCCCCGACUCCAAUCCGCUUCUGUCUUUCAGUGACCAAGUCAGAGAAAGACAUCUAUACACAGCAAAUAAAAGGCAAGGACUAUUCUUGGAAAUGACCUCAGAUGGCAUGGUGAGAGGUAACCCUGUCCAGACUGCAAACAGUGUGAUGGAGCUGAGGUCAGUGACAGCUGGAGAAACGGUCAUCCGGGGUGUGUCAUCGUCCCUUUACCUUUGUGCUGAUGAAACUGGACAGUUGCGGGGGCAGAAAAUAUACACAGAAGCCGACUGUACCUUCAACGAGCUCUUGCUGGAAGAUGGAUAUACUCUUUUCCUUUCUGUGCGUCACCGACUUCCAGUGUCCCUCACGAAAAAAAGAUCUUUGGAAAACCGCGUUCCUCCAUUUUCCCAGUUCUUGCCAGUCCAAAAUCAGCUCUUCUCAGCGCAGGGCAGAGAAGAGAACAAAGGUCAAAGUAAGACACCAAAUACAGAAUAUCUGGACCUUAACUCAGAUGACCCUUUUGGGAUCGAACUCAAGGAUCUGGUACUGAGCCCAGAAUUUAACGCCAAUUUUCCUCAUUCUCCGUGACACUGAGUAAUUAUUAUUAUUAUUAUUAUUAUUAUUAUUAUUGCUGUUGAGUGGUGGUAGUGGUGCUGGUGUUUAGUUGCUUCUUUUACUGAAUACUUGAAAUAUUGACCUGUUGUUGAAUUAAUUAUUCAUACUUAUAGUAAGCUUGGGGCAAGUGGUUUCAGACAAUGUGUGUGUGUGUGUGUGUGUGUGUGUGUGUGUGUGUG